AUUUUGUCUAAGUGUGAAUGUCAAGUUUGAAGAGGUACGUGAGAAAUUGAGCGUACAGAUAUCAAAACAAAGAUCAUUUGUAAAAAAAAAAAUUGAUAAUUUUCACCACAUUUCGAUAAAGCACUGUUUGUUGUUUACGACGUUCAAUUCGGAUCAAGAAAUUUCUCAGAAUUACGAUAUCACCUAACAAAUUACAAUUUAUUUGUAUUGUUCAACGAAAAAACAAAAAAGAAAAAUUCGGUCAAAUAAAAUGUCGGCAUUAUUUGCUCGUGUUGUAAAACAAGCACUCAUUACAUUUGAACGUGAAAAUUAUGCAGCGUUUAAGUCAAAUUUUAAUACGCUAAAGCAAUUGGUUGAUCAAUUAACAUCAAACGAUUUGAACAUCUCAUCGGAACUAUUGGGUUCCAACAGUUUUCAACAAUCAUCGUCCCGUGCACCAGUCAAAUACAUUGAAAUAUGUGAGCACAAAUCGUUCACAAUGAGCGUAUUUAUUGUGGUAAACAAGUACACAAUGCCAUUACACGAUCAUCCUGGUCAUGGUUUGUUACGAGUUAUAAGUGGCACGGCACGUAUUCAAAGCUAUUCUUUGGAGCAUCCAUUACAAAAUACACCACAUAUAUUGUCGGUCAUUGAAGAGGACCCAAUUGAAUUUUCAGCGAAAAAUGGUUGCUCCGUACUCACACCAACAACCCGCAACAUUCACGAAAUUACCGCCACCGGCAGCUGUCCAGCCGCAUUUUUUGACAUCCUUAGCCCACCAUACGAAUCGGAUAUUUCAUUAUAUGGACCAAAGAAGUGCUUAUUUUAUCGGAAAAUUCCGUUCAAACCAGUAAUCGAUUCACCGAAUCGCACAUGCAGCCGCAGUAACAGCGACGAUGACGACGAACAAGAUCACAAUACCAACGAUGAGGCUUCAGAUAAAUCAAAACAAAUCGCAUAUUUACAACAAGUUCGGGCGCCCAAUCAUUAUUACUGUGAUAACGUAUAUUAUAAUCCGCCUGAAUUCAUAGCUAAUCUUAAUCUAUUGAAUGGCGAAGAGGCAGCGUAAAAUAAGAUAAAACAAAACCGAAAAACACCAGACACAAAUAAUGUAUAAUUGUAUAUUCAUCCAACGUAGUUUAGAAGUAAAAAAAGGAAGAUUAUGGAGCAAAAUAAGGAAAAAGCGUAAACACAAGUGUUCUAAGUACCUUAAUAACAAUGCAUUUUAUUUUCUCUUUUCAAUUGUAGAUCAAUAAAACAAAUGUAAAAUUUAAAAC